GCGUUAGCAGCAGCAGCGUUAGCGUUAGCAGCAGCAGCAGCACCACUCGCUGUCGAGCCGCGGGACUCCAGGCUCGCGCUCCCCCAGCUGCUGACGUCAGCUGGCAGCCUGGGCUGAGCUCGCCGCUCCGGACAUAGCGCCGAGAAAAAUGCUGCUCUCCGUACCGCCAAGGGCAGGAAUCAACCCAUACAACGGCUAUAACAGCAGAAACAGCAAAAAGCAGACCUAUGUGUCCUCCAGCCAUCAGAUGGCACCCCCCAGUCCCAACACCAACAGCAGCAGCAACAGCAGCGGCGGCGAGCAGCUGAGCAAAACCAACCUGUAUAUCCGCGGCCUCCACCCAGGAACCACAGAUCAAGAUCUGGUCAAACUGUGCCAACCGUAUGGCAAAAUCGUGUCAACCAAGGCCAUCCUGGAUAAAACCACCAACAAAUGCAAAGGAUAUGGCUUUGUGGACUUCGACAGUCCAGCGGCAGCACAAAAAGCUGUCACAGCGCUGAAAUCUACUGGGGUCCAGGCUCAAAUGGCUAAGCAACAGGAGCAGGACCCCACCAACCUCUACAUCUCCAACUUGCCCGUGUCCAUGGACGAGCAGGAGCUGGAGAGCAUGCUCAAGUCCUUUGGCCAGGUCAUUUCCACACGCAUCCUCCGAGAUGCCAACGGGACCAGCCGCGGCGUGGGCUUUGCCAGAAUGGAGUCCACAGAGAAAUGCGAGGCCAUAAUUCAGCAUUUCAAUGGGAAAUUCAUCAAAACGCCACCAGGAGUGCCUGCGCCCACAGAGCCCUUAUUAUGUAAGUUUGCAGAUGGGGGUCAGAAGAAGAGGCAGAGCCAGGGGAAGUAUCUCCAGAAUGGGAGGCCCUGGGCCCGAGACGGAGAUACGGGAGGAAUGACGCUCGCAUAUGACCCCACAGCCUUACAAAAUGGCUUCUACCCCUCACCGUAUAGUCUCGCUCCAAACAGAAUGAUCGCUCAGACUUCCCUCUCUCCAUACAUGCAUUCCCCUGUUUCAUCCUACCAGGUACACAGCCCGUCCUGGAUGCAUCAUCAGUCAUACCUCAUGCAGCCAGCUGGUACAGUUCUUACCCCAACAAUGGACCACACCAUGUCCAUCCAGCCCACCUCCAUGAUGGGACCUCUCACACAGCAAUUAAGCCACCUGUCCAUGGGCAGCACAGGCACAUAUAUUCCGGCCAACACUACUAUGCAAGGGACCUACAUCCCCCAGUACACCCCAGUGCCUCCUUCCAGCGUCCCAGUAGAGGAGAAUGGUGUGAAGCUAAGCACGGUGGGGCCGAGGACAUGAAAGAGUCCAACCAAAAAGGAUUCGGCUGGAAGAGAUGUGUGCUCCAUACCGUCACAAACCGCUGGACUAUGGAUAACAAAAGGAACAUGCGUGUGUGCCUGCGAGUGUGUUUGUUUCUAAGUGUGACUGUUUGUGUGUGUGUGUGUCUGUUUUCUGUUUAUUGUUCUUUUCUUUUUUUAAGAAAAAGGACAACACUUAAAGUCAUUGGACUCUUCUGCUCACAUCCUCAAGAGUUGAUCAACCAAAGGUGGGAAUCUUCUCCAGAGAAGCUUUGAUCUAUUUUGAUAACUGAGAAAGGAACAUAACAAAAUAUUUUGAAAAAAAAAAUUACGAAGAGGAGGAAAAGACACAGAGCAUUAUUUUUGCGCAUGUGAUAAGACAAAUUCUUAUUUUUAACAAAGCAUUCUGGAUGUUUCAGAGUGAUUCAAGGAAGAGUUGAAACACAAUGUGUCUUUUUUUUUGUAAAAUAUGCAAGCUUUCAUUUCCUGAUGUCUGUUGUUUGAUGCUCUAUUUGCAGCAGCAACAAUUUGUACAGAUUUAGAACCUUAUGAAAACUUUUGCUGGUCUGAUGUGUGGAGUGACUAACUGUGGGAGGUAAACCGUUUAAAGCUACUUCUUCCUGUAACUGCUGCAGAGAUUUCUAUUCACGCACAGACGAUAAAUACAUUGACUUUUUCUAGUUUAGUCAAGUUCUUUUUUUUUUCCUUUAGAUGAUUUUUUUCACAAGAGAAACAAAAGACAAUCAAUUAUUUAUAUUUGAAUCAUAGUACUAUUUUUUGGGGUUUUUAAUCAUUGAAGCCUACAUUUGUAGAAAAGAGGUCAUUUGAUACUGUAGUCUGUGAGGACAAGCUGAAAAUGGACACAAAGAUCUUUACCCCGCACAGUAAUGAGCUCCUAACACUUUUUAUUGUUCUUUGUUUGUUUUUUUGCUUUCGGUCCUGUGUUUACGGGCUUUAAACACAAACACUAAAAUGAGACACGUUCAUACUAAAAGUCGUCCUUCAUCGUUAGAAUGUAAACUCACGUCACGUCCCUGUUUAUGAGAAGUGGUUUUAAGCGGUUUUGUUGUGGCAAACCAUCAGGUAUCCUUAAAUUCAUCCUCAGUCUAAGGGAUGGAGGGAAUAUGCUUUAGAAAGGAGCAGUUAGAUAUUAUGUGUUCAAAAAGCAAUGCAGUUACUAAAUUAAAGUGUAGUUUAGCAGGAAUAAUGAGGUAAAUUAAACAGAAGGCUUAGAACAUCCCUGAGAAUAAUUAGUCUGAAAUGAAAGGGAGCUGUAAGUCUUUUUUUUCAUGCUGCUGUCUCCUGAGUUUGAUUCUGUUAUCCGUGAGUUUGUAGUUUGUAGGAAGUUCAACGUUUUCUGUUUUUCUUUUGUCUGUCACUUGAAAACCCUUCAGCGAAUUUGCCUUACUUUUGAUUAAUUAGUCUUAGACUAGAUUUUAGCUGUAGAGUUUAGCUUUUUACAGAGAGUAGAUGUUAGAUUUUUUUCUCUUUGAAUGGAUUGAUGCUUUAUUUUUUUUUUGUGCACAUCAAGUUUUCUCUUUGUUUUCUUCUCACGUGAAUUGCCGUUCCGAGCCUUGCGUCGUCCGUCUCUCCUGACAUUGUGUCUGGCCGAUUUGUUGAGAGCCUUUCAGGAUGGGGAGCUGAACCCAACAAUGACUUAAUGUGGUGCUGAUCGAAAAGAUUCCCAUCACGCUGCACCGGCGUCCUGAUGCAAAAACGUUCGCUGCGUAAAAAUCCCGGCCAGCACAUCCAGUCAAGCUCACGUCACCACAUCCAUCCGAACAGACUGUCAUUUAUACAGACACCACAAACUGUAGAUAUGUAGAUAAUAGAAAUAAUAAUGGUUUUUACAAAGGACUGCUCACUAGACCAUGGAAGUGCCAUUAAAGAGGAUUCUUACAGCCUUUAGUGAGACAGCGGCUCUGAAUGAAUUUGUGAGUGAUCGAAAAUACAGCAAAAACAAUUUGAAGCCACGCCUUAAUGUUUCUACUCUGGAUGAACUGCCGGAUUUCUCCCAGGAUUGACUUUCAUUUGUAUAUCCUACGGCGGGCGUGCUUAGUUGGCGUGGGGUCGGGUUGGGAGGCAGUACAGUGCGUAGUUGUGGUCUUAGGAGGAGCUGUCCCAGCUGCCCGCUGACCGCCGGUGUGAGAAGCAGGUGACGUCUGUCCAGAGGCUUUUUCACACUUGACUUUUCGCUGUGUGCUUCUGUUGUAUAUUUUUUACAACCAAAGAUGUUGUAGCCACCCACAUUUUAGCUCUCCGUCACAGAAAAACUGCUGUUGGAUAGAAUGCUGGUUCAUCGAUGGCCCUGAGGUGGUUAAACAUGCACUUGAUGCUCCGCGUUUUAGUUACAGUUUCAAAAUAUGUCCAUGGGAAUCUUUUUGUUUUGUUUUUGUUGUUGGUUUGGUUAUUUCUUUCUACCUAAAUGGAGAUUCCCGCGGUGUACAGAGUACACAGAGACAGACUCAGCUGGCUUCAGGAGGAACCCGGAGAGCAGCUUUGUGGUCAUGUGGUCUCAAAACACAAGACACGAGAGACACUUUUGUAAAUAGCCUUUCCUUCCUCCCACUCUCUCCUUUCACCAUUCUGUUUCAUUCUUGUGUCCUCUUGAUUUUUGUUUUUUAUUUCGUAUGAUUUUUGACCUGUCCAGAUGACACAGCGACUAUCACGUUUUCAGAUUCACCUCAUCAUGAAGGAAAUGUCCAGAGAAAUUAUAUUCCAUGUAUUAGCCAUCACUUUUAAUACAACAAACGGGAUUUUGGAACUAUGAAAUGACCAUGUGUUACAAUACAGUGUUUAUUUAUUUAUUUUUUUUACAGCAGAGCUAAUGUUGCAGGAAAUUAUCAUUUUUUUAAACAAACUGGCGUUUUAUUUACAUAAGAAGUAAAAAAAAAUACUAAGAAUGAUAGUAAACUCUGUAGAUAGUACAAAGUUUCUGAAAUAUAAAAGAAUUCCUUGCACUUAUUAUUCCAUGUUGAUUUUAAAUGCGCCUUUUGUCCAUCCCCAUGUCAAUUUGGUGGCUUGUUUCAUAGUUUCAAAUCAUUUUGCUGCUAAAACAGAGUUUCCAAACAGGUAGUUUGAUUUAGUCCAAACUGGAUUUUCACAGUUUCCUUGUUCUUUUAUUCAGUUGCUACAAGUGCCACAAUCGGUUGAGUUUGAAAGAGUGACUUAAGGCACAGAUCAUUUAGGGAUUAUCAGGUUAAAGGUCAAGAUGUAGUUAGAUUAGCUGUGCCCUUUCCAAAUUGUAACCAUCUCCUCCUUUCAAAGUGUAGAAAGAUGUACAGAUGCCUAGUAACAAUUAUUUGAUCACAACAACCAACAAUUCUGCAGUAGAGCUAACAUGUUUUGUCCCUUUUGAGCUACUGUAGUACCAGGUUGGUCAGACUUAGGUCUAACUUAGGGGACAGCUUGCAGCAGUGGAAGGUUUGGAUGUAAAUUAUUUCAGUGAAUAGUUAAUAUAACCUUUGUAUUGUAUUUCUGCGUGUGUUGUGCAGAAAUAUAACUCGUUGGUCCUUUUUAAAUAGUUUAAAUUUAAACAACCGAUUUUCAGAGAGGUAACAUUAAAAAAACUAAACGCUAAAUGCUGUAUGAACCGAGUUUAUGUGAGCCACAAGCACUGUGAAAAUUCACUGGACUCAUCUGACUCCCUGCUUGUGAAUGGUCUCCUUAUUUAUACAAGAACUCAUUUUUGUACAGUUUUGUUAGAGGAAAAAGGUUUUGAUAUUUGAUUAUUUUGCAAAUGCCACUUGGCUACUUUUGUCUUCCUGUGCCAGAGUUGCUAAAUUGUCUGUAACUUGUGUUUUUCUUGGUUGUUUUUUUUUUUUGUUUUUUUUUUAUUGAUUGAGUUAAGAUUUGACUUCUUCCUUGGUUUUCUCUUUGAAAUUGAAUAUGUCUGUUUUUCUUUUUUUUUUUUAAAUAAAAGUCUUGUUUCAA